CAACUCCUAUGGCUACCAUCAAACCACCAUAUCCACUUUCUUCUCCACUAAAACAGAACAUUUCUCCUCCUCCUCAAACUCCACUAGUUUCCUGCAAGUCCAUCUCUGAGUCUUUGGCUUGUUUUUCAAUAUCAUACUUGAGCCGACAACGAGGACAAGUUGCAGCCUCAGUGGCAUUCAAUCCUUCAGGGAACUUCGACCUCUCUCUAUAUGAUGAGGAAGAUGAAUCAGAGAAAGUUCAACCACCAAUGCCACCCAAAGAAGGGCGAUAUGAAGUAGUAAUUGAUAAUGAUAGUAUUCGUCUCCUAGACUUGGCCCCAUUUCACUCUGCCACUGGAAUCACCUCUCCUUUGUCUGCUGAGCCUAAGGAGUUUCUUGAACGUACAAUUGGCUUCACCAUUAACUACACUAGAGAAGAUGAACAUGAUCCUAGAGAACUAUCAGAGUUUCCUGAGAUAAGACUCUGGUUUUUGAGACUUGAUGCUACUUAUCCAUGGCUCCCUGUCUUGUUGGACUGGCGAGCUGGAGAACUUGCGCGUUAUACAGCCAUGUUGGUUCCUCAUCAGAUGAGCAUGAGAAUGGGAGUAGUCUUUAACCCCGAGGCACUAGAAUUGUUCAUCAUGAAAAAAGUUUUUAUUGUAUAUUCUUGGUUGAAGAAACAUAAUGUUCCAAAGCCUAGAUUGAAGACAAAAGACAUGGCUAGAAUGCUUGGAUUUGGGAUUGGAGAUGAACUAUUUGACUUGAUUGAUGAUCACUCGCUUGAUCAAUCAUAAAUUAUUCAGACAAGAGCUCUGACUUACCAUACAGCACAAGAAAAAUCUGAAUCAGAUAAGCAAUGGAAAUUCAACAGCAGAAAGGGGACAUAAAUUUCGCUCGUGGAUGCGCUGAGUGGCAGCAUUUGAAACUUCAACCUGAGUUCAUACUCCAGAGUUUUUGUCAUGGUUUUUUUAGUUUCUAAGUGUGAGUCUUGAUGAUUUGCAUUGCUCUAUAAUCUUACAGUACUUACAUAACAUGCCCAAAAUUUUAUUUUUGUCAAUAAGCAAUGUAGUUUCUUGAUCUUUUACUUUUAUAGAUAAGGUAUAUACAUAAAUCAAUC